AUGCACGUGGCGAGGUAUUACCCGCAUGCAGUUUCACAAGGCCCACUUGGGCACUUUACGGUACCGCAAGCCUUGGGACAAGGAUUAAAGGUGCAUGCGUCUAAAGCGAUCAUCGAGAUCAAACCUUAUAACCUUCCAAAUCUUUCACCCUAG